CGUCCCUGAUCGACCUCAUCGCCUCGCCGUGAGUCGUAAACCAAUACUGCUCCGACCUGCUCGACUGAGCUUGUCGCACAUGGCUAUCUUGUACAGAAACCAAAUCGACACCUCCCCUAUACUUUACUCUUUUGAGUUCGACCAUGUUAACCAUUUCGCUACGGUUUCUCCAAUUGGGGUCCGCACCACACUUCGUAGGUGUUGAGUUGUCAAUUCUAAGAAGAUUUCCCCUAGUACUUCCCACUAUUCCUGCCUAAGAUCCUCACCAACAUGGUCCGAAUACCAAACUGCGAGAAGUACAAUUUUUCUUUCUCCCGUUCUCCAAAUACAAAUUGGCGACAAAACCGCAGUGUCUCUUUCGUAUUCUCUUCCCCUUCUACAGAAACCGACUUGAAACAUAUUCUCCAAAGCCUCAAAGUCUAGAAACCACUUCCACCCCUCGAUACCUCAAACCACCAACAUAAAAUGAAGCUUCAACUUCUCCUCAUGGUCUUCCUUGCCGCGUUUGCCAUCUUCGCCAGUGCCGCAAACCCCAAAGGCUCGCACAAGUCCCACAAGAAGCUCAAGAGCCCGCCGAAACCGUCAAAGCAGAACCACAAAACGAAGGCCAACCAAUUCGACAACGUAUUCAACAACAUCCCUGGUGGUCUCGACAGCCUCCUCGACGACAUCGAGAUGUCGCUCGGCAACGGCGCCACAGGAUCCCAGCCGAACGGAGGAAAACGAGACAGCUCUGCUAUUAAACAGCAAGUCCAGGACAUCCUCAGCUCUCCCGGAAUGGCCGCGAUGCAGAAUGAUUUGGCGCAACAGCGGGCUGGCGGGGCGAGCUACGAUCAGCUGAUCGAUUCUGCCUUCGAUGCGAUGGUCGGCAAGCGCGAUGCGAAGGCCAAGGCUCAGGGUGCUCCGGUCAAGACGUGCGCCGAAUCUUGCGUGGAGAAGAAACAGCAGCAGUGCUUUUUCGUGAAGGAUGUAAAGCUGUCGGCGAAGGACUGCAAGACGAGCAAAGUUAGGAGCGAUUGCAGGAAGAGUUGUGACAAGCAGUAAGGAGUUCUGGUAGUCUCUGGCAUGAGGUCGCUUCGGACCUAUUUUCUUGGUUGAGUGCGCAUAGGGUAUGCAAGUGUUGCCGGUGCUGGUAAGGUUAGUUGAUGUUCUCUUGCGCUUGAUUUGUUGCUCGAAGUUGUCGUAGAUGCGCUCUGAAGCGCCACUCCAGAAAGUCUCCAGCGGCGGAUACUUUGGCUUCUUCCGGAGUCCGGAGCCUUUUGGAGUGCUGUUUUGACCUACACUGGUGCGUCACGCGUGGGUUG